AUGAAUAAAAGUGUCUUUCAAAAUAAUUAGAGAGUGCAGUAAGCUUUAAUGCACUCUUAAAUCAACAGAAACAUUAUGAAAAAUAAUCUGAGUGCAGAUCCGAAUAUUAAACCAGAAGAAAUUGUUGUUGAAUCAGAUAAUAUGCAAUAAACAAUCCACAUUAAUCCUAAUCAAGAUUAUUAAAGGUUGGUUCCAUAAGUUAUAAUGCCAAGUGUUUAUAAGGGAAAUAGACAAUAAUUAAAGCAUUUAACUGGAUUCAUGUAGAAGAAAAGUCCACAUUUUAUCCAAGGAUUUUAAAAAAAAUAUUGUAUUUUAGAGAAUAGGAAGCUUUCUUAUUAUAACCCCGAGAAAAAAACUCUGUUAGAAGGAUCAUUAAAUUUUGAUCUAUAAGAUUACUAGUAUUCAGAAUAACGAAAUAGUUAAAACAAAAUAAUAGAAUUUAAAUUAAUUCCUAAGGGUUGCGAGAAGGAGUUCAUAUUUAGGAAUGAAAACUUGUAGGAAAUAUAAAUUUGGGCAUAAACAGUCUAAGAACAUUUGAAUUUAUCAGACGGAAAAACUAAAUAGAUGACUUUCUUGAGUAAGACACCUAAAUUUUGGAAGCAUUAUCAAUUUUCACACCUCUAAGUACAAGAGGAAUGUGAUAAUGGUGACAUAGUUCUAUUUAAAUCGAAGGAUAGAUUUGCAGCCACAACUAGAGUACUACUUGGUUCAGAAUUCGAUCAUGUUGGAAUUUUGUAUAAAGAAAAUUCAUAACUUUACGUGUAUGAAGCAGUAUAGACAGGAGUUGGAACAUUUCGAUGGGAUUAUUUAAAGCAACAAGAAUGGUAUAAAUUUUAUGAGAAAGUUUGCAUAAGAAAAUUAAAUUAUGCCUAAAAAAAUGAGUAUGGAGUCUAAACAAGAUUUUUAGAGUUCAUAAAUGACAAUCUCGGCAAUGAUUAUAGCUUGAAUAUUGGUAAAUUUUUUAGAUUUACAUCUACAAUAAAAAAACCAAGCGAUAAUCAAUAAGGAGAAAAAAAAAGAUCUUAUUUUUGCUCUGAAUUGGUUGCUAAAGCUUAUAAGGAAAUGGGUCUUCUUGAUUAGGUGAAAUCUUCGACCCGAUAUUAUCCAAAUGACUUUACUUAAGAGAAACAGUUAUAAUUGUUAUAAGGAGCAACGUUGAGUCCUGAAUUUCUAGUUAUUUUUGAAGGAUGA